AUGGGUCGCCCGGCUACAGCCAUAUGCUGUGCGGCAGGCAAUCGUUGCAAACAUUCAGGGGGUGGGGGAUGUGGCCAAUGUGCCGAAGGUGGAGCCCACCAGGACAGAUUGGUCCUUGGCGCCACAGAGAUCCGGCUACCAGAGCGGUGGUACAAUUAUACUGUCCCAGGGGUCCCAGAAUUUGUCCAGGACUGGGAAGGGGCAAGAAUCCCCACAGACAAGAUGAUUGAGGGAGAGGUUCUGACUCAGGCAAAGGUAAAGUCAGAUGCCAGGGGUUCUGCCACCCACCAAAGUGUGCACAACUGGCAAGAUGCUCCAACUGCAGUGAGCCCACAAGCCAGCAUGAGGGGCCAACAGGCGCGGAGUGCAAGAGAGCGCCAAGAUGUGUCAACUGCUGCCAACCCUACCCAGCUGAGCAUCAGCACUGCCCUGCCGCACCCAGGUGCCACAGGGAUGCUCAGGAGCGACAACCACCGCCAGCACAGCCAGCAUCAAUUGGUCGCAGUGGUGGUACCUACAUCAACCACUCAGUCAACCCAGUCAACACAGCCCGCUGGGCUAGCGCCCCGCAAGUGGGCGGCUACUCAGAGUUCCAUCAGUGAAAAGGGUGCCACCUGGCAGAUGGCCCGCACCAGGCGACACUCAGCUUGCACAGCAGUGCAGCAGCACAGUCAAGCAGCUAAAGAACAGUCUGACUCCAGCAUGCAGACGGCAGGUCUGGAGGCCUUCAACCUCAUCCCGCAGACCGCUGGGAUGACACUAACCCGGAGCAGUGGGGAUAUCAAUGUACAGCAUGAUGCCUUUGAACCAGGGGCAGUGAAUCUGCACCGGGGCGGGGAGCUUGUCCAAUGGGCCAAUGAACAUGGGAUGGACUUUGUGGGAGAGAUAGGGGUUCCAAUUCAUGCAGCAGAUCAUGUGAUUGAUCUCACCUUCUCCAAUGUGGUCUUUACUUCCACUACAGUGCAUCAAGAUUUACACUGCAGCUCAGAUCACCAGUCUAUGGUCACUAUGCUGUCAACAACACCUCAAACACAGCUGAGUGAUGCUCAGAUCAAGAUCACAGACUCUCAGCUGGAGCCCUUUGCAGAUCUUAUCAGAGGUCUCAUGGUGGACAUGCCUUGCUCAGAGGGGGUUGGAAAUGUGGCACAGCUUGAUGAUCUGACCCAGCACUUCACUCAGAGUCUUCUGGCUGCAGCUCAGGCAGUCAGUAAGCCAGCUCAACAAGAGCGGACCACAGCCCUCUGGUGGACAGCAGACUGCCGAAGAGCGCACCGAGAGCUCACCACUCAUCAGACAGAGGCCGCGAAGCACCAGUUCAAGGACACAGUGCGCAAGGCCAAGUGUGCAUACUGGAGGCAGGUGAUCAAUGAGGCCAGAGAUGCUGAUGAUCUGGAGUAUGACCCACUGAAUGAUGAGCACUGGAGCGGCAUGGGGAACCUGCCCUGGAACCCCCAGAUUGAGAUGGAGGAGAUGGAGCGCAACACCAUUGAGGUACAGAGCACCUCCCCAGGCACGGAUGGAAUCACAGUGCGGAUGCUCAAAGCAUGCUGGCAGCAUGUGUCCCUCUUUAUACAGCAGCUAUACAACUGCUGCCUCCGGCUCUGCCACUUCCCACGAGCCUGGAAACUGGCAGAGGUGGCAAUGAUACCCAAGAGCUCAGGUCCAGCUGGAGGGGACCAUCACAGCAGCACAUCAGAUGCAAUGUGGCACACCACAGAGGUCUCCUUUGUCACCAAUACUGUUCCUUCUGUAUCUGGCAGAGCUGCUGUGGCAAAACUCAGAAUUAGUAUUCUGAGAUGGGGGGAGACAAACAAGGUGGCCUUCGCACCAGAGAAACUUGAGAUGAUCCAUCUUACAAGAAAAAGGCUCACCUGGAGACCACAUGUCUCCACUCAGGCAAAGAAGGCAAGGGCUGUAGCUCAGCACAUCCAGAAUCUGAGAAAGAUCAGAGACGGGCCCCCAGCAGAUGCUCUGUGGAAGGCGGUCACCACUUGCGUGGUUCCCUCGCUGCUCUAUGGCACAGAGGUCUGGUACAGCGGCUGCACACAGCCAGCAAGGCACAUGGGCAGGAGUGGGGAGGUUAGCUCCCAUCUGGGAUGGCAUGUGGGGACAGUUGAGAAGGUGCUUACUAUGGCAGCCAGGGGGGUCCUCCCAGUUUUCCGCACAACGCCCAUCGCUACCCUAUACCGGGAUGCUGGGCUCCCAUCAGCAAUGGUAGCUCUAGAGGAGGCCAAAAUGCGAUUCACAACAAGGCUUCAGGUGGUGGAUGAGAAGCACCCACUGGCUUCACAGAUAGCACCUCCAAUGAUCACAUGA